GUAGGGGAUUGGAUCACAUGUACAAGGUGGGUGGUUGAACUUGAACAUUGUGCUUCAGACAGAGAGAGAGAGAAUGGCCAUGGCCAUGGCCAGAAGAGUCUCCAAAGUUCUGGGAUUACCCAUCACGAACAACAACAGGAACAUAUGCUUCAAAUCACUGGAUCUCCCAUCACCAUCGUGUUCCUCACUCGCCCAUGGAAUCCAUGUCUUUCAUUGCCCUGAUGCGGUUGGAAUUGUUGCCAAGUUAUCGGAUUGUAUUGCCUCUAGAGGUGGAAACAUUCUCACUGCUGACAUUUUUGUACCUGAGAAUAAACAAGUCUUCUACUCUAGAAGUGAUUUUGUUUUUGAUCCUGUUAAGUGGUCACGGGUGCAAAUGGAGGAGGAUUUUCUGAAGCUUUCACAAGCAUUCAGUGCAAUGAAAUCUGUUGUGAGGGUGCCAUCUCUUGAUCCUAAAUAUAAGAUAGCUGUUCUGGCAUCGAAGCAGGAUCACUGCCUGGUUGAUUUGCUACAUGGAUGGCAGGAUGGAAGACUUCCGGUGGAUAUCACUUGUGUAAUUAGUAAUCAUCAUAGAGGUUCAAACACCCAUGUGAUUCGUUUUCUUGAAAGGCAUGGUAUUCCGUAUCAUUAUUUAAGCACAACAUCAGAAAAUAAAAGAGAAGGGGAGAUAUUGGAGCUGAUUCAGAAUACUGAUUUUUUAGUACUUGCGAGGUACAUGCAGGUAUUAUCAGGAAAUUUUAUAACGAGCUACGGGAAUGACAUAAUUAACAUUCACCAUGGUCUAUUGCCAUCAUUCAAGGGGGGUCAUCCAUCUAAACAGGCCUUUGAGGCAGGUGUUAAAUUAAUUGGUGCAACAAGUCACUUUGUGACUGAAGAACUUGAUGCUGGACCUAUAAUUGAACAAAUGGUUGAGAGAGUUUCCCACAGAGAUAACUUGCAGAGCUUUGUGCAGAAAUCAGAAAACCUUGAGAAACAAUGCCUUUACAAGGCUAUUAGAUCUUAUUGUGAACUUAGAGUAUUGCCAUAUGAAGACAUGAGGACUGUUGUAUUUUGAGGGGAACAGGCAAAUGGCCAAAUAUAUAAUGACGAAAAUGGGGUGCAUCUGUAUUUAGUAUUUACAUUCAAUCAUUUACUGGGAAAAUUCAAAUAGUGUCUCCCUUUGUUGCAAAAAGAUGGCUGGACUUGAUUCGUUUGGUCCUUAUUGCAUUGAUGAUUCCCUGAAAUGAACUCAACAACUUCCUAGCAUGUUAUCAUUAAGCAGACAAUUGGUUGGCCCGAAAAAGAAGACAGCAUCUCACGUGGAAUCAUUGCAAUGUGACACGCUAAAAUGAGUGAAAACCAAUGGAUCUGAUUCCUUUCUGGUUUAUAAGGAACAUUUUAACAGCAUUGGUACAUUCAUUUACCUGUUAUUUUGAUUUUGGGCUCA